CUGAAUCGCAGUGCUGCCGCCUCGUCAUUGGGUCCUCCAGAUUGAUAAGUCUGAUGGUAUGCCCCGACUAUUUUGAACCUAAAAUCGAUGUCGGAAGGUAUUUCCAACGAACCGUUAUGUGGAACUCUGAUGACAUGACCCGGCGGCUGCGUUCUGUCAUCUUCUUAGCGCUUGCCUCCAUCCGUCUGUGAUGAUAGGCCCACAUGAUUGACACGUUCACGAUAAAUUGAUGCCCGCUCCAUGAAGACAGAUACUCUGAUCAUUGACGAUCGGAGCACGAACUCCAUGACAACCUUCGAUGAAACUCUCGUCCUCUGGUCGCUCAUGGAGAACUUGAAUAGACUUCCGAAGGAGAGCUGACUGAAGAGGGACCCUAAAACGUAAGUUAUGACAGAGCGCUGAUCGCGUCGGCGACACAGGAAGUGAUCACAAGAACCAGAAGAAUUAUCGACAAGGGCCAGAUGGUUGGGACAAUAUGAGAAGUGAUGGAAAACACACUUUGGUUACUUUCAAAUGGCCUCUACGAACCGAGCAGAUGUAAAAGUUGAUACCUUCACAGAAUAAAUCUAUUCUAAAAAGACCGACACGGGUGGAGUUUCGCUCAUAACCCUUCAAGAGCCUCCAAGUUUACCCCAUGGUGAUUCCAUGCAGGUCUCCUUUUCUAGCGGUCGAUGAAUCUCAUCACUGACAACAACUUCCUCUACGAGAGUCAAAUGUGUUGAAGAUCGUUCUACAAAGCCUGGAAUACUGUGCUCUGUUAAGAGCAGUUUAAGGACCUGAGGAGCUGUUGAUGGACAAUAUGUCAGAUUAUACAAACGUGACUUAUGAUCUGGAUGAGAGGGAAGCUUUCAGGGAGAACAUUCUGAGCUCUCUUAGAUCGGGAAGACUGUUAGUAAAAAAUAAAGCAGGCGGAUCAGUGGCUACCUUUAGAUGUCCUUUCUGCACAAAGCGAAAGACGCAAUGCUUUCUUUACAAAGACAUUCUGCAACACGCCGAGGCUAUGGCGAGAAGCAGUACUAAGGGCACAACAGAGCAGACCGAACACGUUGCUCUGGUAUCCUACUUAAAGACAGAUCUCGCGCAAAUGUCCAGUCCUCCUCCUUUCCGAGCUCCCCAGAUGCAGCUGACUACGAAGGCCCCCGAGAGAGAAGAGCUCAUAGCUCAAGACCUUCUGUUAUGUCCAUGGUCGAUGGUUAUUCACAACCUUCAGACAACGGUCAGCGUCGAGGGAAUUAUCGUGGGCCCCUCGGUGCGCGAUGUAAAGUGCUCCUUUGAGACUUUCGGGCCUAAGAAAGUUCACGUGAUCUGGGGACCUAAAGGACAUGCGGGUAUCGGCGUUAUCACCUUCUCCAGAGAUUUUAACGGCUGGAGGAAUGCUCAAGCAUUUGAGAGAUGGUUUAGAGACCGACAGCAUGGCAGAAACGAUUGGCAGAAGAUUAGAGAUUGUAAUUUGCCCAAGGAUGCCGAGCCUUAUGGAUGGCUUGCCCGGAAGGAAGAUUAUUACGGCAGGAACGAGGUCAAGGAUGACCAUCUGGUCGCUAAAUUUCUGCAAAGCAGAGGUCCUUUGGAUCUCAAAGAUAUCGGAAUGAUAGGUGAUGAUUUGAAGAAUAUGCACGAGCAGCGAUAUCAACACCUUGCUGAAGAACUGCUGGAGAAGACCUCAGACUUCCAUCACCUCCUGGAGGAAGUAGAGCUUACGAAGAGAAGUGCGGAAAGUAUGAUUGCUCGACUAGAGGAAAAGCACAAGCAAGAGCUCGACCAGGUGCUUUCAAAAGCUAACUUCUCUACUCAGGAGCACAUAACACAGAUGAGAGCUCUGAAUACGAUGAUGCAAUCGUCGAUGGAGAAACUCAAAUGUAGAUGCCAAGACCUGAGGGAAAGAGAGAAGUUACCUCAAAGUGAAGGAGAGAGGAUUCAACUGGAACAAGCUAAAUUAGAAAACCAAAGGAAGCUGGAUGUUGUCAACCAACAAGCAGAAAUUCAGAAAAAACAUCAAGCUUUCCAAAUGGCGCUUAUAAGGAAGCAUGAGAUGGAAAAUGAGCACCUAGCAGAGUGGAUACAAUUCAAGAAGAUGUCCCUGGCCAAAAAACACCUGAUGGAGCUUGAGAAUCAAAGGCUGGAUGAGAUGCGAGAAAGCAAGAAAUUCUUACAGCUUGCUCAUUCCAUCGAAGAUCCAGAAUAUUUAUCGGACAAAGGAGUCAUGAAUCUGGAGGAAAAAAUCGACUUGAUCGAGAAACAGAAGGCUGAACUGAUCGAGGAGCUGGAAGAAUUAAAAGUAGACAACGACGCACAUAAUGAAACAAUCAUGGCUUUGGCAAGGAGAGAAAGACUUGCCAAUGAUGAAGUACAGGAAGCUAGGCAAGCAGCAGAACUGGCAAUCGGGGAGAUCGGAACUCCAAGCACACUCUAUAUCAGGAAAAUGGGUGAGAUAGAUGAAGGUCCUUGGAGAGAAGCAUGCCAGCAGCGCUACGAAAAUCAUAAAGACGGCUGGGAGACGGUUUUCAGAAAGAAAUAUUCUCGUUGGGAAGAGACUGUCAGAAAUCCCAGUUUCGCUCCAUUUAAGUACGCUUCGGUGGGUGGAAACAGUGAGAGACAGAUUCAGUUCGAUUACAGCGACAAGAAGCUGCUGAAACUCCAGGAGACUCUGGGUGACGAGGUCGUGAGAACAGUAGUCCGAGCUCUCGAAGAGAUCGAGGAAUUCAAUUCCUGUGGUCGAUACCCCGUGCCGAGGAUCUGGAAUGCCAAAGAAGGCAGAAUCGCAACUUUGAAAGAAGUGAUUCGUCACUUGCAUUGUUUAUUGAAACAGACCAAGCGCAAGAAGCGGUCUAGAUCCAAUGCCAAUGCUCACUCAGCACAAGCCGCACCAUCGCUUUUGCCCAUGCAAACAAACGACCCGUUUUGAUUCUAGUCUUCCUCGUAGGCACGUUCUUCUUGUCUGAAAUCAUUGUCUUCUGCAUCAACGACUGUGACAUCUUAGAGAACCCCUUGAGAUCAUUCUAACACUUUCUCAGUUCUCGUUAUCUGCUUGAAGAGCAAAAUUCCAUUACCCGUCUCGUAAGAGUUUUGUAUAGAUAAUGGAACAUUUGGAGUGGCACGAACCCAGAAAAUUGGACCUUCGCCAACGGGUGAUCCUUUUGAGGAGCAUCCGUCAAAUCACACUAAUAUUAUCCGGCAACCGAACUUCUCUUCGUACCAGAUCUCUCAGAGGAAGGACAAAACUCAAGUCGCUGGUUGGAAAAUUACGAGAUAAUCUUUGAUGGUUUCAGUUCAAACAGACCGUUAAUCUGAACCAGUACGAAGGAACACAGUACAGUAUGCACAAUAAAUAUAGUUCGAUGAGUAUAAAUCAUCGGUCGGUCGGUCGGCAA